GUAAAAUACCCUCUAAUAACCGUAACAACUACACAUUCACACCCAAACAUCCAACCUAAUCAAUUCUAAUCAUUUUUCAAUUCUGUUCUUAAUCCCUUUUCCCCAAACUAUCCCUAUAACCCCUAAAAAAAAUAUCUUAACCAUCCAAUAAAUUUCCGCUUUUUGAUCGCUCUCGGAGCGUUUCAUUUUUUUCUGCUCCUGUCUCAACAAAAUUUUUUUAACUAUGAGAGUGUCGGAUUUUGAGGUCUCUCUCUCCAACCAACCAAAAAAAUUUCAAAAUCGUUCAGAGGUUCAUAUUAGAUAUAGAGAUCCUUUUAUAGUUCAAUUGUUAGUAUUAUACUAGUUCAAACAGCAAAGUAAACGUCAUAUACAAUGUCUGUCGAAGAUUUAAAGGCCACCGUUGCCAAAUUACAAGCCAGAAUCCAACAUUUGGAACAACAAGCUGGUAUUAUUCCAAAAGUCCCAGAAUCAAUCAGAAUGGUAUUGAUUGGUCCCCCAGGUGCUGGUAAAGGUACUCAAGCUCCAAACUUGAAAGAUAAAUUCUGUGCUUGUCAUUUAGCCACUGGUGAUAUGUUAAGAGCCCAAGUUGCUGCUAAAACUGCUUUAGGGGUUGAAGCUAAGAAAAUUAUGGAUCAAGGUGGAUUAGUUAGUGAUGAAAUUAUGGUUGGUAUCAUUCAAAAUGAAUUAGAAAACAAUAAAGAAUGUGCCAAUGGUUUCAUUUUAGAUGGUUUCCCAAGAACCAUUCCUCAAGCUGAAAAAUUAGAUGCUAUGUUACAAAAUAGAAAAACUCCAUUAGAAAAAGCUGUUGAAUUAAAAAUUGAUGAUGAAUUAUUAGUAGCUAGAAUCACUGGUAGAUUAGUUCAUCCAGCUUCCGGUAGAUCUUACCAUAAAUUAUUCAACCCACCAAAGAAAUCCAUGAUUGAUGAUGUUACUGGUGAACCAUUAGUUCAAAGAUCUGAUGAUAAUGAAGGUGCCUUAAAGAAAAGAUUAGUCACUUAUCAUAAACAAACUGAACCAAUUGUUGAUUACUAUAGAAAAUCUGGUAUCUGGAGUGGAAUUGAUGCUUCUCAAAAACCAACCAAAGUUUGGGCUGAUAUUUUAAAAUGUUUAGGUCAAUAAAUAAAUAAAAUUUAUUGAGUUGAAUUCUUUCGAAUAAAAGCUUAUGUCUAUAGUAUAAUAAAAUAUUUAUCAUUAAUGGGGUAACUUCAAAAAAUAGUUGGUUGUGUUUCACCAAUGUAAAAUGUAUAUUUAUGUAUUUUG